CAAUUUAGAUCGUUUUCAAAUUCAUAUAACUGAUCCAAGAUUCAUCUUCUUCUACCCUUUUUGUUCUUGAUUUCCUUCCUCACAUCCUUCUUCACCACUUCUCAACAAAAACCCCACGAGAAGUCUUGAUUUAACUUUUUAAGUUAAAUUAGGAUCUUUUUUCUUGAUUUAAAGGGGAUUUCUUGAAAUUGGCUUCAAAAAGAUGUGUUUCUGUGGGAUGAUUUGAUAUCAAUCCCACCUUCUGUUCUUGAUAAGAAGCAUUUUGUUUAUUGUUUAGGGUUUUAUCAAGAAAAUCCAAGUGGGUUCAAAAGAUAUGUGUUUUUUUGGGAUGAUUUGAUAUCAAAUUAUCAAUCCCAACUUCUGUUCUUGAUAAAGAAAGCAUUCGAUUUAGUGUUUAGGGUUUAUGUAUCAAGAAAAUCCAGUAGUUUCAAAAUCAUGUGUUUCUUUGGGAUGAUUUGAUAAGAAUCCCAACUUUUGUUCUUGAUAAGAAAGCAUUCGAUUUAGUAUUUAGGGUUUAGGGUAUCAAGUAAAUCCAAGUUUCUUGUUUAAGUGAUGAUCAAUAAGAUAUUUAAUCGGCUCCCACGGAAGCCCCAUAAAUCUAGCGAGAAUCGAGAUGGAGGAAACUCGAAUUCGUCUUCAAAUACGUCAACAAGUUCAAGGAACAACAAUGAUGUAGCAAAUACUCGAUCUAGCAGCUCGAAUGCUCCAUCCGUUCAUCCCUCGAAUGCCCUAAUUCACACGAACAGUAAGCUUCUCCAAUCUCAAAAUUCAAAAUCGAAUGGCCGUUCGCUAGUUUCCGACACCUACGAGCUUUUGCCUAGCUUUAAAGACGUUCCAACCUCCGAAAAGCAGAAUUUGUUCAUCAGAAAGCUGAAUUUAUGUUGUGUGGUGUUUGAUUUUACUGAUCCAACGAAGAACUUGAAAGAAAAGGAGAUCAAACGACAAACUUUGGCUGAACUCGUUGAUUAUGUUUCUGCGGUAAAUGGGAAGUUUUCGGAAACCAUUAUGCAAGAAAUCGUGAAGAUGGUUUCUGUAAACAUCUUCCGAAGACUUACUCCUCAGCCUCGAGACAACAAAGUGUUGGAAACUUUCGAUGGUGAAGAAGAAGAACCGUCAAUGGAUCCAUCUUGGCCCCAUCUCCAACUGAUCUAUGAAUUCGUUCUAAGAUUCGUAGCAUCACCGGAAACCGAUCCGAAGCUCGCUAAACGAUACAUUGAUCACGGGUUUGUUCUAAAAUGGCUAGAUUUGUUCGAUUCGGAGGAUCCACGAGAGCGUGAAUAUUUGAAAUUUGUCCUCCAUCGAAUGUAUGGAAAGUUUAUGGUUCAUCGGCCGUUUAUCAGGAAAUCGAUCAACAAUAUCUUCUUUCGGUUUGUUUUCGAGACCGAAAAACAUAACGGGAUCGCAGAGCUUUUGGAAAUCUUGGGCAGCAUUAUCAACGGUUUCGCGUUGCCAUUGAAAGAAGAACACAAGUUGUUCCUCGUUAGGGCUCUGAUACCGCUUCACAAGCCGAAAUGUAUACCGAUGUAUCAUCAACAGAUAUCGUAUUGCAUCACGCAAUUCGUCGAGAAAGAUUGCAAACUCGCGGACACGGUUAUCCGGGGUUUGUUGAAGUAUUGGCCGAUCACAAAUAGUUCGAAAGAAGUGAUGUUUUUGAGCGAGCUCGAGGAGGUUUUGGAAGCAACGCAGCCUCCGGAGUUUCAAAGAUGUAUGGUGCCGUUGUUUCGCCAAAUCGCUCGUUGCUUGAGCAGUUCACACUUUCAGGUGGCGGAGAGAGCGUUGUUCCUAUGGAACAAUGAUCAUAUCGAGAACCUAAUCCGACAAAACCGGAAAGUGAUAUUGCCGAUCAUAUUUCCGGCGUUGGAACGGAACACGAAAACACAUUGGAAUCAAGCCGUACAGAGCCUGACGUUGAACGUACGAAAGAUCUUCUCCGAUGCCGACCCUCAACUCUUCGAAGAAUGCUCGAGAAAGUUUAAAGAAGAUGAAUCCCGCAAAGAAGAAACGAAAUCCAAACGGGAAAUCACGUGGAAACGGCUUGAAGAGGUGGCGGCUCUGGGGUCGGGUUGCAGUAACGAACCGGUGCUCUCGUCUCAGAAGUCGAUCGCGAACCAUGUUACGUCAUCCGGCUAGAAAACAAGCGUUUUCGGGAUCGGUUUUUGUUGCGGGUUUAGGUCGUUAAUCGUUACGAAUGAAGGAAACAAGAAUUUGUGUACAUACGAUUUGGCCCAUUUUGAAAUUAUUGUUUGUUUUUAGAUGAUUUAUGAAAUUUACAUCUCCUUUUCUUGGA